AUGAAGUACAUUACUCUGUUCUGGCUAGCACUAGGCGCGAACGCGCUCAACUCUCCUCGUCAAGCCAACAGCCCAACGCCGUAUCAGGUACAAACACCACCACUCGAUACAAAUUGGACGUACGAAGUCGGCACCGCUCCAUGGCCAGAGCAUCCAAGACCAAAGCUUGUCCGGCCCCAAUGGCAGAGCUUGAACGGACUCUGGACAUACUCCAAUGCCUCAAGCCUUGAUGCUGUCAACCAACCUCCAUUUGGGCAAACACUGUCGAGGGAGGUGCUGGUACCGUUCUGCCUAGAAAGCGGUCUCUCCGGCAUACAGGGCGAAGAUAUGCUGUAUUCAUGGUACCAGACGACCUUCUCUGUACCAUCCAGUUGGAAUGGUGAUCGGGUGCUACUGAACUUCGACGCUGUCGACUACGAGGCCACUGUUUUUGUCAAUGGCCGCAAUGCGACAUUCAAUCGUGGAGGCUACUUCGCCUUUUCUGUCGAUGUGACGGACAUUCUCAAUGCAAACGGAUCGAAUGAAUUAAUUGUAUUCGUACACGAUCCGACGGACAGCGAUCCGUAUGUCAUACCAAUCGGCAAGCAGACCUUGCGACCAUCGCACAUCUUCUACAGACCUUGCAGCGGCAUCUGGCAAAGCGUUUGGAUUGAGUCUGUGCCUACGAACUAUAUCACCAAAUUCGACAUCAAUGGAGACGCUAGUGGUCAAGUCAAUGUGACAGUGGCGGCAGCCGGCAAUGCCAGCUCGAACGUGGACAUUACGAUACUCGAGAGAGGUACUGACACGACCGUGGCUACGCAUAGUGGAAGCACUGGCGCCGAGUUCACAUUCCAGGUCGACUCACCCAAGCUGUGGUGUCCAGACACGCCAAACCUCUACGAUGUAGUUGUCAAGCUUGGCGAUGAUGAAGCAAGAAGCUACACGGGAUUCAGGACCAUUGGCAGAGAGGAGUUCAACGGUGUACAGCAAAUCACCCUGAAUGGCGAUGCAUUCUUUGCAUUCGGCACUCUCGACCAAGGGUAUUGGCGUAAGUGA